CGGAUGGUUGUUGCGGCGGCCAAGAUUGUCAGACAGGGUAGGCACGGAAAUCGCGGGAAUGAGUUGGGGAUGUCAUAAACUUCUGGGGGUUUCGACUGAUCAUUCAACCUGGGGAGACACAAAGGCACCCGCACCACAGAGAAACCAUGGAAAUGUGGAGACUGUGGGAAAGAAUACAAUUACCCAUCUGAACUGGAAACUCAUCAACGCAGUCACACUGGAGAGAAACCAUGGAAAUGUGGAGAUUGUGGAAAGGGAUUUAAUUACCCAUCUCAGCUGGAAAUUCAUCGACGCAGUCACACCGGAGAGAGGCCAUUCACUUGCUCCAUGUGUAGAAAGGGAUUCACAGAGCUAUCGAAGCUCCAUAUGCACAUGCAUGUUCACACUGGGGAGAGACCAUUCCCCUGCUCAUUGUGUGGGAAGGAAUUCACACAGUUAUCCACCCUGCUGUCGCACAGACGUGUUCACACUGAUAAGAGACCUUUUCAAUGUUCAGCAUGUGAGAAGAGUUUUAAAAGUAGAACUGAGGUACUGACGCACCAGCGCACUCAUACUGGAGAGAGGCCAUUCACCUGCUCUGUGUGUGGGAAGGCAUUCACUCAGUCUUCUACCCUGCAGAAACACCAGCGAGUUCACACAGGGGAGAGGCCGUACACCUGCUCCAUCUGUGGAAAGGGAUUCACUCAGUCAUCCAGUCUUGUGGAGCACCAGAGAGUUCAUACUGGGGAGAGGCCAUUCACUUGCUCCCUGUGUGGGAAGGGAUUUACCCAUUCAUCCCAUCUGCAGACACACCAGCGAAUUCAUACUGGGGAGAGGCCAUUCACCUGCUCUGUGUGUAGAAGGGGAUUUACACAAAAAUCCAGCCUUCUUGGGCACCAGCGCCUACAUACUGGGGAAAGACCCUUUACCUGCUCUGUAUGUGGGAAGGGAUUCACUCGAUCAUCCAAUCUGGUGACUCACCAACGAAUACACAAGUAAUUGUGCAAUAGUCGUAGGAUAGAUCCUGGUGUUAAUUACGCACAGAAUAG